AUGAGGUUCUUCUCGAGGCUGCACGUAUGUGCGGCUCUCGCUAUUCUCAUGAUCUUAUACUUCACAUGGGUUCAUUCCGCCGACUUCGAAGAUACCGUCCACACUGUAUGGCGCGGUAGCGCGCAUCGCAUUGUAGUAUUUGGUAAUGAUUGGUCGGACACUGGAAGCUACCGCGUCUCGUCGCCUGUACUAUCUGCGGUCGUUGCCCGCGACGCUGAUCGAGGUGACUUGUGGGUAGAGACACUAUGCAAAGAGCUCGCAUGUGAUACCAUUGACAACUUCGCACACUCCAAGCCGGCUGCCGCUGCACAGAUCGGGUCGUUGGUUGACGCAGAUAUUCACACGGAAGCGAAAGACGCCAAAAGCAACGAGACCACUGUAACUUCGCUCGACUUCAAGACACAAAUGGAACAGUAUGUCACCUACGACAAAGGGCGACGAGUCAUCCCACAACGUUUGAGAAAGGGGGACGAGUGGACUUUCUUCACCGUUUUCUUUGGCUUAUGGGACCUUUUGGAGUACUCAACGUUGGAGAAGAGCGUCGCCAUGUCUGCGGUUGACAAGAGUAUCGAAGCGCUGUUUCGAAAUCUUGAUAUCUUAGCUGAGCAUACUGCGAACCCGCCGAAAGUCAUCAUACCGAAGAUGAUUGACGCUACCUUUCUGCCCCAGUUCCAAUUGCAGAAGAACACGAUGCGAGAGGCCGACUUUGCGGUGACUCAGCACCGAAUGGUGUUUUUGUGGGCGUAUUGGGACACUGUCUUGGUUCGGACUGCAUCUCAAUGGAAGAACGGUGUCAUCUACAUGCCAGGGCCGCAUGACUUGAUCAUGGAGGAAGUUCGCGCUAAGCAACUACACUCGAAACAGAUCUCAGAUGCAGCUGGUAUCGGCAAACAAGCACCUCUUUUCGAGCAGAUCGAGCAGCCAUGUCUAGUGCCGCAGCGAGGUAGUGCAACUGAUCUGCACAUAUCCGACGUGCAGAAAUGCUCCGCUCCGGUCGAACACUUAUUCUGGGACAACGUCCAACUCAGCGGCCCUGCCCAUGAGCUAAUUGGAAAGCAAGCCGCCAGCCUCGUACGUGGAAAUCAAACUGUCAAUAUCGAGCGCGAGACGCAGGGCUCCGUCAACAACGAGAAACCUAGGGAGCAAGAGGGACAGAAUUUCAACCUGAAAUUUCCUCCAGGUUUCUAG